GUCGACUUGCGGCGGCCGUACCUGCCACGGCACACAAUGCAACGCACCUUCAAAGAUUAAAGAGUCUCGCACGUUGCUCUGCUUCUUCUUCUUCUUCUUUUUCUCCUCUUUCUUCUUCUUCUUCUUCUCCUCUUCCUCCAUUCCUCCUCUCAACUCUUCCUCUUCGUUCUUCUCUUUUCUGCCUGUCUUUAUCCAUUCAACCCUUUCCUGUCACUUCUCACGUGUACCUCACUCACUCUCUCUCUCUCUCUCUCUCUCUCUUUUUCUCUCGUUUUGCUCGGUACCUUCACUUCCUACCGCGUUGUCGCAUGCGAGGACUCAUCGCCGGCCUGAAAUAUGGUGGUACCCAGUGAUCCCUCCAGGAUGUCGCACGACAAUCUAGGAUUUACAUCGAGCACGGAUGUUCUCCAGGACUCGAGAAGAGUAUCGACCAAAGGAUACCAAAAUGAUCACGACGCGAAACGUUCCUACAUUCUGGAGAUGGAGGAAAAGAAAAAAAGCGCGCACGAGCAGAACACCGAUUAUGAUCCCUAUAAUUACAGAGUGGUGGAGCAUCCGACUACCGACGCGGAGACGAUGCUGCACCUGUUGAAGGGCAGUCUCGGCACAGGGAUCCUCGCGAUGCCGAGGGCCUUUUUUAACGCGGGCUACAUCGUCGGCCUGAUCGCCACGUUCGUCAUAGGAGUGUUUUGUACGUACUGCAUGCGAAUCCUCGUGCGGUCGGAAUACGAGCUGUGCAAGAGGCGGCAGAUACCGUCCAUGUCGUAUCCGGCGACUGCGGAAGUCGCGCUGGAGGAAGGACCGAUGUGGCUCAGGCCGUUCUCCAGAGCCUCCAGUCACAUAGUGAACGUCUUCCUACUGAUAUAUCAGAUGGGCACUUGCUGCGUCUAUAUAGUGUUCAUCGCCAGCAAUCUGCACCUGGCGCUGGAGACAUGGGUCGAUAUUGAUUUGAAGGUAUACAUGGUGAUUAUCCUGUUGCCCUUAAUCCUCGUCAAUUACAUCAGGAAUUUGAAAUUCCUGGCGCCGUUCUCGACGCUCGCGAAUGUCCUCAUGUUCACUGGCUUCGCCAUCAUACUCUACUACAUCUUCCGGGAGCCGUUGACGUUCGAGGGCCGUGCGUCGGUCGGAGCAAUCGAGAAUUUCCCGCUCUUCUUCGGCACCGUCCUCUUCGCCCUUGAGUCUAUCGGUGUGAUCAUGCCGUUGGAGAAUGAGAUGAAGACACCGAAAUCCUUCAUGAAGCCGUUCGGCGUUCUCAACGCUUCCAUGAGCAUCAUAAUAGUACUGUAUGCCGCCAUGGGAUUCUUCGGGUACAUACGAUAUGGCAGCCACAUCGACGGCAGCAUCACGCUCAGCCUGCCCACCCAGGAGAUGCUAGGCAAAGCGGUGCAGAUCCUCCUGGCCAUCGCCAUCUUCUUCACUCAUCCCAUUCAAUGUUACGUCGCCAUCGACAUCGCGUGGAAUGAGUAUAUCGGUCCCGCAAUGGACAAGUUCAAGCUGGUUCGCUUCAAGCUGGUCUGGGAAUAUGUGGUCAGGACUAUUGUGAUUCUGCUCACCUUCGUGCUGGCGAUCACGAUACCGGAGCUGGAUCUCUUCAUCUCGCUGUUCGGCGCGUUUUGCCUGUCGGGCUUGGGCCUCGCUUUCCCGGCGAUCAUACAGAUAUGCGCUUUCUGGAAGAUCGUGGGACCCAGGGAGAAGAAGAUCAUGCUGGCGAAGAACAUGUGUUUGGUGCUGAUCGGAGCGUUGGGUCUGGUCGUGGGCACUUACACGAGUAUCCGCGGCAUUGUGAACAAAUUCUCGUAGUGCAACGGCGAUUUGUGAAGGACCGUGCAGUAACAUUGCAAUCGCGACGGCGCAUUGUGUGCCAAAAAGCACAUUUGGUGGACAAAAUUCUGCCUACAUCACAAAUCUGCAUCGAUUUUGAUGAAAUUUUUUGUAAAAUACUCGUGAAUAGUUCUAUUGGGAGUAUGCAUUAAUUUUAAGGGAUUUUUUGGUAAAAAUACGGCUUUAUUGUGAAAAAAUGAUUACAAAUUGAUCAUUCAAAAUAUUGUCCAUCGCUAGCCACUACUUUUUCUCAUCUUUCUGGUAAUAGAUGGAUUUCACAUCGAAAGAACGACAGAUCUUUUGAGGCUAUCCACGAAUCGACUCAUUUUUUAGUAUCCUCAUAAGAAUGGAAGCGCUGCUCAGACAGGCCAUGAGUUAUCGAUCGAAAUAGGUGGUAAUCGGAAGGAGCAAUAUCUGGAAAAUACAGCGGGU